AUGCCAAUGAAACGGGGUCAUGUGUCAGCUCCUCAAAAUACGUUUAUUGAUACGAUUAUACGUAAAUUCGACUCACAAAAUCGUCGUUUUCUUAUAUCCAAUGCUCAAUUGGUAAAUAAACCAAUAAUUUAUUGUAAUGAUGCAUUUUGCGAAUUGAUUGGAUAUUCACGUGCAGAUGUAAUUCAAAAAGCUUGUACAUGUGAGUUUUUAUAUGGAGCUGAAACAAGUGAAAAAGCUGCCAAACAAAUUCGACAUGCUUUACAAGGAAGUGAUGAAAAAGAAGUUGAUAUUAUUUUAUAUAAGAACGAUGGCAUGAAAUUUCGAUGUUCAGUACUCAUCGCUCCGGUGAAAAAUGAAUCAUGCGAUAUUAUUUUAUAUAUUCUUGAAUUCACAGAAAGUAACGAUCGUAAUAGACAACGACGAAUGCCAAAAAUUCGUGAAUAUUCUAUUACUCACACUGGCAUACACAAACGUUCAUGGUUCCAUAUGUUAAAUCCAUUAGCACGACAUAAAUCAAAUCGAUCCAAUGAUACAACUGGAGGUGCAAGUGACUUUGAAGGUUCUGUGUCAGCAGAUACAGCUGGUUAUAUCGGAUUAAAUCAUAAGAAUACAACAACUAUUGCUUUGGAUGAAACAAUUUUAUCAACAACAAAAAAUUUACCUUUAGAUUAUAAAUCAAGUCGUAAAUCAUCAACAAGUUCAAAUAAUUUAUUAAAACCUGAUAAUACUCUAUGGAAUACAAAUAUAAAUGAUGUUGAAUUAGUGAAAAGUAAAUCUCAAAGUUUAAGUAAUAUAGCUGAAACUGUUCUUAAAAAAGAAAAACAAGAAGCAAAAAAUACUAAAUGUUCAUUUAUACCAAAUCGUAUAGCACAAAUCUUAUCAUUAGGUGAAGAUAUUGUGCCUGAUUUUCAUUCACCAGAUAGUCGUCGUAUACCACGUACAAUUAUUCUUCAUUAUUCACCAUUUAAAGCUGGUUGGGAUUGGUUAAUAUUAUUACUUGUUAUAUAUACUGCUAUAGUAACACCAUAUACAGCAGCUUUUUUAAUGCAUGAAGAUGGACCAAAUAAACAACGUUCACGUUCAUCACGCGCAUUAAAUGUUAUUGAACUUAUUGUUGAUGUUAUGUUUAUUAUUGAUUUAUUGGUUAAUUUACGUACAACUUAUGUUAAACAUAAUGAAGAAUUAGUAACACGUGCAAGUAAAAUUGCAAAACAUUAUUUAAAAGGAUGGUUUUUAAUUGAUGUAACAGCAGCUAUACCAUUUGAUAUUUUAUUUUCAUUAUUACAAACAAAUGGUGGUGGUGAAUCAACAACAUUAAUGGGUUUAUUAAAAACAGCACGUUUAUUAAGAUUAGUACGUAUAGCAAGAAAAUUAGAUCGAUAUUCAGAAUAUGGUGUUGGAGUUUUAAUUUUAUUAACGGCUACAUUUGCAUUAAUUGCACAUUGGCUUGCUUGUAUAUGGUAUGCUAUUGGUCGUCUUGAACGAAGUAAUCAAGGCAAUGAAAGAUUGAUUGGUUGGUUAGCUGAAUUAGCUAAUCAUACACAUCAAUAUUAUAAUGAUUCCGAUCCAACAUCUGGUCCAACAAAAACAUCAAAAUAUAUAACAGCACUUUAUUUUACUUUUUCUUCUCUUACAUCAGUCGGUUUUGGCAACGUGAGCCCAAAUACGAAUAGUGAAAAGGGUUUUUCAAUAAUAAUCAUGCUCCUUAUUGUUUUAGGAUCACGCAUAACAUGGCUCGAUGAAUUAGCACGUAUAUCUAAUCAACCGUAUAAUUGUUCAUCAGUAUUGAUUUAUAACAGAACAAAUUUAAGUAAAGAAAUAUGCCAUGGUGGACCUAAUCUUCGUUCACAAUAUAUCACUGCUCUUUAUUUUACAUUUUCAUCUCUAACAACAGUCGGAUUUGGCAAUGUUAGUCCUAAUACAGAUUCGGAAAAAAUUUUUUCCAUUUGUAUUAUGUUAAUCGGAUCUUUGAUGUAUGCCAGUAUAUUUGGUAAUGUCAGUGCUAUUAUUCAAAGACUUUAUUCGGGUACAGCUCGAUACCAAAUACAGAUGUUAAGAGUUAAAGAAUUUAUUCGUUUUCAUCAAAUUCCAAAUCCACUUCGGCAACGAUUAGAAGAUUAUUUUAAUCAUGCAUGGAAUUAUACAAAUGGUAUUGACAUGAAUAUGGUGCUUAAAGGUUUUCCUGAAUGUUUACAAGCUGAUAUUUGUCUUCAUUUAAAUAGUCAACUACUUAAAAAUUGUCCUGCAUUUAAAGAUGCUAGUGAAGGUUGUUUACGAACAUUUUCAAUGAAAUUUAAAACAACACAUGCACCACCUGGUGAUAUAAUAACACAUCGUGGAGAUAUAUUAACAUCAUUAUAUUUUAUUUCACGUGGUUCAAUUGAAAUAUUAAAAGAUGAUAAUGUUGUUGCUAUUUUAAGUAAAGAUGAUAUUCUUGGAGAAAAUCCUGUAUUAUAUAGUGAACCAGGAAAAUCUGCAUUUAAUGUUCGUGCAUUGACAUAUUGUGAUUUACAUAAAAUUUUACGAGACGAUUUACUUGAAGUUAUUGAUAUGUAUCCUGAAUUUGCACAAAGUUUUUGUCAAAAUUUAAAAAUUACAUUAACAUUACGAGAUGAAGAUCUUGUUGCAAAAUCCAAUGAAUGUCGAUCAAAAUAUCUUCCAAGUCAACAACAAUAUCGAGGAAGUAGUAAUCGAACAGAUGAUGAUAAUGCGUCACUGAUGGGUCCACAAUUCGAUGAAUAUCCUAGUGGAGCGGGUAAAAAAGCUUUUAUUGUUUUUAGCUUUAGAAAAUUUCUCAAAGUGUAA